AUGAAAACUGUUAAGAAGGUCAACUACAAAUACAACAUCAUCUACAAGUUCCCAAGCCCAUUUCUGGAUGAUUCUCUCAAGCUAGCUAAGAGGUCUCCCCCUGACAACCUUGAUGUCUUUAGAAAGGAUUAUGGAAGGAUUUUGGGUUACCUGGAAGCUUAUGAUAAUGAAUACCAGAGGGAUGCCAUUCAUACCUUGCUACAGUUUUAUGACCGCACUUUGAGAUGUUUCGUUUUCCCAGAUUAUCUGUUAGCUCCUACUUUAGAAGAGUAUUCCAGCAUCUUGGACAUCCCUAUCUUGCACCAAGUACCUUUUCAUGCUUCCAUGAAGAAACUUGAUGCUACUCGGGUUGCUGUUGCUCUUUAUUUGAGCGAAUCUAUUGUGAAAGCUAACUUUAAGAAGAAAGGAAGUGUUUGUGGGUAUCCUUUGGGUUUUCUCUUAAAAGAAGCUGGUGGUAUGGAUGAAAAGGAAGAUUGGAGGCCUUUAAAUGUUUUUCUAGCUUGUUGUAUUUAUGGGAUUGUGUUAUUUUCUAAUGAAGUGAAGUUUGUUGAUGAGAAUGUUGUUGCUAUCUUCAUUCAAAGGAAUCAUGUGCCAACUCUCUUAAGAGAUGUUUACCAUUUCAUAUACUCUAGGAGUUUUAAAGGGAAUGGUGUUGUUGUUCAUUAUUAUGCACCACUGUUAUACCAAUGGUUUAGAAGUCAACUCCCUUGCCAACGUGCUUUUCUUGAUACCCAAGACACCUUGAAAUUGUCCCAAAGGAUGAAGGGACUCACAUCAAAGGACAUUGACUGGUACAACCAUAGUUUGAACAAAUUGGAAAAUAAAGAAGUGAUCUUUAGCUAUGGGGAGUUUCCCAAUGUACCUCUCAUGGGGAUGAGGAGUGGCAUUAAUUACAACCCAAGUCUUUCUCUAAGAAAAUUAGGGUAUGCUUUAAAGAUCCCCCUGAGGACAAAGACGUGCAAGAAUCCCUGUUUUAUGAUGUGCCUGAUAGUACUAGAUGGACGGAAAGAGCUUCCAAGGCAUGGGGGAACAUUCAUCUGA